GGCAAAUCCAAGCUAGCAAACCCAAAGAGCGGAAGCGUUGUUGUGCUGUCAACGAGAAGCCACAUGUGUUCGAUCCUCGGUGUGCGGGAUGCUUAAAAGCAAGGACUUCAUCUCUCCAGACACUUCACUCUCGAAAAGAUGACUGCCCAGGAGGUGCGUCUGUGUGGUCUCCUGCUGCGGGAGCACUUUGGAGAAGUGGUGGAGAAAGUGGGAACACACCUGCUCAGAAGUGGAGCACAGAAUUUAAGAACCCUCAUUCAUGAGACUGGCAUCUCAUUGGACCUGGUUAAGAAGUCCCUGUGUGUGCUUGUGCAGCACGGGGCUUGUGUGUUCACCUCAGGCCGUAGAGGACCUGGGAGCCCCACAGAAUAUCGGGCCAGCUGUGAUUGGAUUCUGAGAAUUCUGCGAUACCCACGCUACAUCUACACAGCCAAAACCCUGUACGGUGACACCGGAGAGCUAAUCAUAGAGGAGUUACUGCAGAGAGGUGAAAUGACCAUGAGCAGUACGGUUAAGACAGUCGCUGACCGGCUCACACAGAACAUGGAGGAUGGCUGCAGCAUGGAUUACAGUGAAGUGUCUUCUGCCUUCGCCAAACUGGUGGAGACCCAUUUUCUUCAGCGCUGCCCUCCAAUGACAGGAGCAGGAACAGCAGACAGUGGCACUCCAGCUGCCCCUGCUACCCCUGCUAUCCCCGCUACCCCCAGUACUCCUGCUAGCACUGCCUUGCCCACACCAGAGAGCUUCCCGGACUGUUACAGGGUUCCUCAUGUGACACUCAUAGGGAAAGGCAAGCGGCGACUGUCCAGUGAGGAUGGAGAGGACCAAAGGAAUGCAAAGAAAGCAAAAACAGAAUCAGAGACACACGGGGAUGAAGGGAUUUACUGGCAGGUGAAUUUUGAGAGGUUCCAUCUCCACUUCAGAGACCAGGCCAUCAUCAGUGCUGUAGCCAAUAAGCUGGACCAGACUAGCAGUGAGAUUGUGAGGACGAUGCUGAGGAUGAGUGAGGUUACGACCUCUCCCACAGCCACCUGCACAAAGCCCCUCUCAGCCAAUGAGAUCUUCAGGUCCCUCCCAAGUAGUUACAACAUUGCAAGACCCAUCUUAGACCAGUACCUCACGCUACUGGUUGAUGACCCGAUGGAGUUUGUGGGCAAGGCUGGUGAAAGUGGAGGAGGGAUGUACGUUGUCAAUCUACACAGAGCACUGGCAAAUCUGGCUCGUGCCACACUUGAGUCUGUAGUACAGGAAAGAUUUGGAUCCCGAUCAGCACGCAUCUUUCGUCUGCUGCUAAGGAAACGUCACCUGGAGCAGAAGCAGGUGGAGGAUUUUGCCAUGAUUCCAGCCAAAGAGGCAAAAGACAUGCUCUACACACUGCUUUCACAGAAUCUGGUCCAGCUACAGGAAGUGCCAAAGACUCCUGACUAUGCACCCUCUCGUACCUUCUAUCUUUACACUGUCAACCAGCUCCAGACUGCAAGAAUGCUGCUUCAGAACUGCUACAAGACGGAGGCAAACCUCAUAGAGCGACGCCUGUUUGAGACCAAAGAGAGCAAGCGUCUGCUGGAGAAAUCCCAGCGAAUUGAGGCCAUUCUGGCAUCUCUGCAGGCCAGUGGGGCUGAGCCUGAGCAGCUGACGGAGGUCGAGGAGAUGAUCACUGCCCCUGAAAAGCAACAGCUGGAGGCCUUACGGCUUCACAUUAACAAGUUAGAUUCAGCAGAGAACCAGGUAGAUGAAACCAUCUUUAUACUAGAAUCGUACAUCAACUCCACUGUCACAAGUUAGGAGUCUGUGUGACAGCUCAAUCACAGUGCUUUUGCUGUGCCUUUUUGUGUAAGAAUGCUCAAGUGUGGCUGUUUUUAUAGUUUAUAAGAUUGGAUUGUUUCAGUUUUGAGUUAGAUAAAAUCUGAAUAGAUUUUUUAGCUUGUUAUUGAAUAUAUCAGCAAGCAGGAACUGAAUAAACUGAGCACAAGAAUACUUCUUUACAACAGUUUUAAUUUCAAUAAAGAACAAACAUAAAACUGUAAGACAAACACAGGACAAAGUGUUGAUUUGAAAUGUAAAACCAUGGAUAAGUCUGUAUAUUAAAUAGAAGAACUGUGGUUUAA